CAACAGACAGUGCCUAUCCUAUCUGAUCAGCAAAGGGAAGUAGUUCCAAAGGCCUGGUUCCGACAUCAUGCAGAAUGGAACUCCUGAUAGGAUGAUAUCUGCAGAUUUUCUUCUGCAGAAUGUAGUGAUCAGCUGGAUGUAUAAGGGAUAAACAAUGUUUUGGGUAACCUGGUCCCAAACUGUAUGGACAUUUGGUAUACCAGCACCAAUUCCUUGAACUUAGCUCAGUAGCUAAUGCAGCCAGUGCAAUGCUUUCAGUAGUGGCAUAAUAUUAUGGUGAUAUUCAAACUCAAGGGCAGCUCCACAUAGAGCACAUUGCAGUAGUCCAAUCUGGAAAGCAGUGCACGGACGACAGACAGUGGCCAGGGCCAGUAGCUGUCUUGCCAAGGUUGGUAAAAGGUUGAGUCACAGAGGUCACCUGGGCCUCUAGCACCAGAGAUGGAUCCAGGAACAGCGCCCUCCCCCAACCUCCUGCCCAGAUCCUAAACCUGCUUGUUCAGGGGGAGUUUGAAACCAUAUAAAGUCAGCCCAUCAGGUUGAGUUACUUUAGACUAGCCAUGCUACUUCUUAAGACGCAAGACCUAUUCAAAUAUGCAGCCGCCUCCUUUUGCCCUCGGAAGCGACUCAGUGCAGGCAGGAGGGGGUCCUGCCUUUGUUUCUUUUUGAGAAUGUUUGAGUUCAUUCUCGUUGGAGAACAAUGGCUUGGCUACAAGGCAGCAACUGGAGCGACGGAAUAUUUUCUGGAAAAAAUACGAGAUGACUGGUAGUUUAGAAAUUUUAACUUUUGUAUUCAGAAACCAAAGCAAUCCUCUCUCGGCCCCCUCCUUACCCUUCGAGGAAUUGAGCAGCCUUCUCCCCGGCGGACACUCGGCCUCCCUCAGUCGCCCAGGUGACUCGGCGCGGCUCCGUCCCGGCGGAAACAGGCGCCUCCUCCAAGGGCGGAAGCCCCUCCCCGGCGAAGGGGGCGGGGCCUCCGGGGAGAAACAUGGCGGCGCUGAGGAGCGUGAAGGUGAGGCGGCGGCGGCGGCGGCGGGGAGGGGCUGGCGCCCAACCCCGAGAGCGAGGCCGGCGCUCCUGAGGGCCGUGAGAGAAGCCGGGGCGAUGCCUUUCCCGAGAUGCUGGGGAAGCAGCUGCCGCGAGGAAGGCGCGUGUCUGAGGAGGCGCCCUGGCGCGCCAGCUUGGGGUCUCCCCGGCGGGCAGAAGCGCCACGAGGCAGCUUCUCCCAGGGAAGUCAUGGGGUGGUCUUCCCUUUGCUUCCAACAGCGUUAUGACAGGCGCCCCCCCCCCCCCGUGAAGCACAGGAGCUCUGUCGGGGGGAAGGAAUGAUGGGCACUGCUGGCACCUUUUCCACCCAGGGAAUCCUGGGCAGCACCGGGGUGGGACUGAGCCUGGAAGGCAUUUAACACUUUCGAACCUCUUGGCACGCCUGCUUUACCUGAAGGAUAAUGUUCUCUUUGUUCUCUUGACUUCCAGGGAGUGGUUGGCCUGGUGACCGGUGGGGCUUCAGGCCUCGGCCGGGCCACGGCAGAGCGGCUGGUGCAACAGGGAGGCAGCGCGGUGCUUGUGGAUCUGCCCAAGUCCGACGGGGAGAGCGUGGCCAAAUCGCUGGGAGAGAGAUGCAUCUUUGCUCCGGCUGAUGUAGGGAUUUUUCAAAGGGGGAUUUGAUAAAGAGGUUGUACCCAUAGAGGAGCAGCUGAGCUAAGUGGUUUCCUCUUCUUUCCCAGGUAACAUCAGAGUCAGAUGUGAAGGCUGCCCUAGCACUGGCACGGGAAAAGUUUGGCCGUGUGGAUGUGGCAGUGAACUGUGCUGGGAUUGCAGUGGCUGUCAAGACCUAUAAUAUUAAGAAAGACCUUCCUCACAACUUGGAAGACUUCCAGAGAGUUAUUAAUGUGAGCAUUAAGAAAACCCUAGUCCAUUACUGUUAUUGGUUUGUCAUCAAGUGUUCUUGCUCCAACCAUUUCCCUAACAAUUCUUGCCUCACAAAAACAGCAAAAAAAUUGAGAUACCUUACUGAGCAAGUGGGAUCUGUAACAAAAUGUUGUCGUGUGGAGUGUUCCUCUUCAAGGUGCCUGUCAGCCAGCCAUACUCUGCUCCUUUUCAAGUUACAGUGGUACCUCGGGUUACAUACACUUUAGGUUACAUAUGCUUCAGGUUACAAACUCCGCUAACCCAGAAAUAGUGCUUCAGGUUAAGAACUUUGCUUCAGGAUGAGAACAGAAAUCGUGCGGCGGCAGCGGGAGUCCCCAUUAGCUAAAGUGGUGCUUCAGGUUAAGAACAGUUUCAGGUUAAGUACGGACCUCCGGAACGAAUUAAGUACUUAACCCGAGGUACCACUGUACUCCUUUUCAUCCUCCUUUUUCCAUUUCCAUUUCAACUCUCCCCCCACCCACUACUCCCUCAAUUAUUUCUCAUAAGGUUUGGUUUGCAGACCCUUAAUAAUCUUGGUCACCCUUCUUUGCACCCAGUAUUCUUAAAUUGUGGUGCCCAGAACUGGACACAGGACUCUAGGUGUGGUCUGACCAAAGCAGAACAGAGUGGUACUAUUACUGCCCUUGAUCUGGACACUACUGUUGAUGCAGCCUAUAAUAGCAUUAGCUUUUUUGCUGCUGCAUUCCCUUCUUACAUCUCAGCUCCUCUGUAAGCUCCUUUUGCAGCCACACUGGUUUCUUUUGGUGCCUCCCAAUUUUCGUUCUUGUUGGAAUUGUUAGCAUUUGUGCCUAUAGUUUACCUUUAAGAAACUUCCAACCAUUCAGACUCCCUGCUAUUUGAGUAUUUCUGACCAUGUGAUCUCAUGGUGUUUUUGAAAGCAGCCUUCUUAAAGUCCAAAGUGCACAUGUCUGACUGCACUCAGCUUUCCCUUGCCUUUGUAUCAUGAAACCAAGUAAAUGAUUGCUUCCUCCCAAGUUUCCUAGUACUUCCAUUUCAUCAGUCAGUUACUCCCUGUUGGUGAGGACAAGGUCCAAGAUAGAUGAUCCUCUUGUUGCUUCUUCUACCUUCUGGGAAAUGAAAUUGUUAGUGAGGCAGUGGAGGAAUUUGUUACAUUCUUGGCAGAGCUUGAUAUCCAACAGAUAUUGAGGUAAUUGAAGUCUUCUAUGACUAUUAUCUCUUUCUUUUUUGAAUGUUUGGUAAUCUGCUCUAGGAAGGAAUCGUGCAAAUCUUCAGUCUCGCUUGGAGGUCUAUAGCACACCCACAAUAAGGUUACUGUUGUUUCCCUCUCCUACAGUUUUUACUCAUAUAAUCUUUUACAUAUAACACUAUUCAUCCCUUCCUGUUUGGUCUAUUCCUUCUAAACAAGUUGUACCCCUCAGUUUCCACGUUCUAGUCAUGAGUCCGACCCCACCAGGUUUCAGUAAUGUCCACUAUAUUGUAUUAAGAACUCAAAUUCAUCUUGCUUGUUUCCCAUACUCUGUGCUUUGGUAUAGAGACAAGCAGACCAAGUCAUUCCUUCCAGCUACUUCCUUCUUGUAGUUUCCUUCCCUUUAGCAGGUUUCUGUUGCAGGACCUCAGCUUCCUGUGCGUGAGCGAAGCUAUUAUCGCCAGUACCGGGGGUUCUCCUUUCAACUGUCUUCCUGCCCCUCAGGAUUUGGAUUAAAGCUUUCCUGAUCAGGUUCAUGAGACUCAGAGCAAAGACCUUCUUGCCAACCGCUAUGAGGUGCCACCCAUUUCUUGCCUGAAGUCCUUUCUCAAGGAAGCAGAGACCUUUCCUGACAACACCAUGCAUACAAGCCACUGUUUUCCUUCCAGUAUUUCCCUCUUUUCCUGGGCCAUGACAUUCAACAGGGAAUCAUGGAAGAACCACCUGUGCUUCAAGGCCCUUCAGAUUCCUGCCCAGAUUAUAAUAGUCGCUUGCUGUAUGUCAAAGGCUGUGUUGGGCAGUAUUGUUUGUACCCCCAUCAGAAGGAAGGAUUGAGUUUAAUAUUAAUAUUUGACUUAAUGAUUUUGAGUGACAAGAGGGUGUUUGCUAGGCCCAGAGUUCUAAUGUGAUGAAGUAAAGGUGAUGUCUUUCACUAUUGGUUUGAAAGGGGUAAGGAAGGGCCAAGCUUUGGGGUGCAUAACCUCCACCUGCCUGUGUUCCUCAGGUGAAUAUUGCUGGAACAUUCAACGUAAUCCGUCUGACUGCAGGUGAGAUGGGACGGAAUGAGCCCGACUCAGAUGGGCACAGAGGGGUAAUCAUCAACACUGCCAGUGUGGCUGCCUUUGAGGGGCAGGUAAGUCUCAAGCCUCCCCUGCCAGCUGUAUGAGACAAAGGGAAUCCCCUGUGUUACAACACGAAAAAAUCUGAUCAACAAAAGGCAACACGUGGGCAAUAUUUAUUAAACACUAUCAAUUGUUUCUUAAUUCAUAAACAAAAGCCAUAUAAUAUGUGCAAGAAGUCACAGGAAGAACUGUUCUGUUUGCUGUUUGUUGUUGCUGUGCUUACAGCACCACCCGGCUCGUUCAUUCUCAACCAAACUUUGAUAUAGAUAUGAACUGUGGAAAGGCUUUCUGCCUCAGCUUCAGUGUUACUUUGUGGUUACACACCAUUCUAAGCUUGUUGAUGGAAUAUUUAUUUGACUUCUGUUAGUUCAUGACUUCUUGCACGUAUUAUCCCACAUGUUGCCUUUUGCUGAUCACAUCCACUGCCAGCUGGCCUGGUUGGCAACACCCGGCUGACACUACCUUAAAGCAGUAUACACACAGGUGUCCUAUGCGUAGUGCCAUUCUUACAGAAGAGCGGGACCAUAAAGGUCUUUGUUGGAUUGCAACUCCCACCAGCCCCAGCCAGUAUGGGCAGUGGUCAGGGAUUAUGUCUGGAAGACCUGAAGUUCCCCACUUCUUCUGCACAACAUCAGUAGAAUAGUCUAGGGUUAAUAAUUGCUCUGCUUUGUCCCAGAAACAUGGAGACUGUAAGUUACUGAGCAGAGGAAAACAUCUUGUAUCUCAAGCUCGAUAAAACAGAUCAUCAUCAUAUUAAAAUUCAUAAUAAUUCUAUGCCACCCAUGCUCCAAGUUGGGCAGAUGUUGUAUUGACAGGAUUAGCACCAGGUACUCCCACUAUGUGUGCCCCAGCUUCUACUGCACUGUACAAGGGAUGCACCUGACAGACAACAAUGCUUUGCUGGAAUUUCUGGGAGCGCUGUUGCCUUACUUGGGUUGUGUGUACAUAUGUGCCCGUUCUGAAUGUGUAAUGGCAGGGGAGUACAGUAAAAUGGAAUAUUCAUUUCAUAAGGUUAAAAAAAAUCACAGGUUUGCUCUUGGUUCACAAGAUGACAAGAGACUUUGUAUUGAGAGGCAGGGUUUAGGCAUCAAAGCUGAAUUAACUCAAAGAUGACCAGCCUCAAGCUUUGAGGCAGCCAGUGAUUCAGAAAACUUCUACCCAGCAGUAGAGAGAGUGAGAGACUUACAGGUUUGCCUAUGAAACUCGGGCAGGCUUGUGUUCUGCCCUGUUCUCCUAUACCACACUGGUCUGCAGACUAAAGGUGUACCAAGGCUGAGGCAAGGGGCUAUAUAUGUUUUUCAGCAAGGAAUAGAGUAAGGAUUAUCUUGUACCAAAGACACUGGCCAUUGUUAUGUUACCUUCAGAGUUUCCCCACAGCUUUAUAAAAGGUAACCUAACAAUGGCCAAUGUCUGCUCCUGGAUGUUGCUGAACCAUAACCCCCAUCCCUGGCCAUUGGCUGUGCAUUCUGGGUGAGGCUGAUAGGAGCUGUAAUUCAGCAACAUCUGGAGAGCUGAAGUUUUCCCACACUUGCUUAAAGGAGUUUGGAUGGAGGGCUGGGAGGAAAUUUCCCCCCAAACCUGUUUAAGGACUUCCAGUGACUUGCUUUCUACCCCCUCACCUUGCCCCAAUUAAGAGUGACUUCAGAUUACUGCCUGCCCUGCUCAGGCUUCCUAUACCUCUGGCAGGCUUGUUGCAGUGCUACGCAAUCUCCACACCCUCCACAUAUGCAUUUCAGAGAACACUUGUGACUUUAAUAAGGGUUUAGAGCGCCAUUGUUUUUUUUCCCUCCCCAGGUUGGCCAGGCUGCCUAUUCCGCUUCCAAAGGAGGCAUUGUGGGAAUGACACUGCCCAUCGCUCGGGAUCUUGCACCUUUGGGGAUCCGAGUAGUUACCAUUGCACCAGGUAGCACUCCUUCCUUGAAUCUGGGCUUUGGGUAAGGAAGGUGCUCUUGGAGGGUGCUCAAGGCUGUAAUGGCAGGAUUGUAUACUCCACAGAACUUGGUACAGAAUUCAUUAGUGGGGGUAGUGCUAUCUGUAUACAUUUAUGCAAAUUUGCCUUUUCCAUAUCCUAUCCAGAAUAUCUUGCAUAUUUAGUCAUAGGCAUAGGGCUGUAUGUGGCACUGAACUUCUGGAAUCCUUAUUGAACCACCUGUCACAUUUCUGAUUUCAGCAGGUGCUGACCAUGCACUUUUGAACCUAUCUUUGCAGCUGUAAGUCCUAGAAACUCAUUUUAAAACAAAAACUAAGCUUAUUAGGAAGCUAAAUUCUGCACCCAGCAAUGCAUUCUGUGCUCCAGUAAUUGUGGCACACUCACACAGUGCUCUGCUUAAUAGGCAUUGUAAAAGUGUAAAGAACAGAGACUGGGGCAACCCUGAGUGUGCUUUUGUUUUUUCCAGGUCUCUUUGCAACACCUCUUCUGGCAUCACUUCCUGAGAAAGUGAGGACAUUCCUGGCACGGCAGGUGCCCUUCCCAAGUCGUCUUGGUGCUCCGGAGGAGUAUGCCCACCUGGUGCAAUGCAUAGUGGAGAACCCCAUGCUCAAUGGUGAGGUGAUCCGGCUUGAUGGGGCUAUCCGAAUGCAGCCCUGAACUGUAAGCUUGGCCCUGGAAGAGCGAGAGGGUUUGCUUCCCCAUCACAAGUCAGGGAUUGUUUCUCUGCCCACUGGACCAUAAUCAUGGUACUUUUGAAUCUGCUGAUGAUUACAGCUGCCUCCGCUAUGCUUCCUCAGCUGGAAUCUAGGUUAGCAAAAGCAAAUGAUUAACAUCUGGACUAUAAUAAAUGGACUAUAAUGAAUUAAUUGUAUGCUCCUCUUCUCUUGCUGUAUGAGUCUUCUCAUCCCUUGCUAGUGGGACAAUCUAGAAAACCCUAUGCUCUAGUCUUCUAAUCCACUAAUAAGUCCCUGUUCCAAAUUUGCAAUGCAAUCCAGGAGCCCUGUCUCUGUUUUACUACCAAAGACACCUGUGAUUCUGUUUGGUGUUGAUCUUCUUUGUCUCUUUUACUCAGUCUGUGAUGAGGAUAACAUGCAUGUGCAACACACACACACACAAAUCUGAGAGUGAAGGAAAGCAAAGUCUUAUUAAAACAAAUUGUGCAAAUAAAGUAGGCAACUUAUUUCUAAAGCUUUCAAAUUAUUUAGAGCUCUUGGGGGGGGGGAAUAGCAGUAGUAGUGUGGAGUAGCAAAGCAAGUCAGGAAGUAUGAAAGGAAGAGUGGUAGUUAGAGGGGAGUAUGUUAGUGUGGGGCAGUGAAGUCCUAUACCCUGGCUAUGACCACAACCAGUUUAUACUGCCUGUUCUCUGGUUUUUGAAUUAGAAAACUCAGAUACCAGACUUCUGUAGCCAGGAAAAGCUGUGUAUCAGAUAGUGUUGCUGCCCAUGAAAGCUGAGAAUCGCAGUUUAUGGGGGCAGAGUGGCUUUCUGGACUCCAGCCUUAGUCUUGCUACUGCAUAACUGCAAGCACCAGCAAGUAUGGUCAGGCCCUGCUGAAUUUGUUUUUAGCUUGCAGGCAUUAACAUACAAUAAAGGGGUUUUAUUAUACUUUAUAUUGUAUGGCAAUGAUGAUGAGGUGUAUGUUUGUAUACCACCCUUCAUCCAAAGAUCACAAGGCUGUUCAGAACAUAAUGUAUUUUAUAUAGACUUGUUCACUUCUUAGAUAUUUUAUAUUAAGAAUUUAUGAAUUCUUAAAAUAAUCUUUAGUCCCUGUUGAGAGCAAGAAGCUGACCGUGCAGUUUGCCCCAGUGGCUUUGAUCUUGUAUUUCUUGGCUGUUGUGGAUAAGCAAACCAUUCUGAGCUAAACCACCUACAGAUCCCAGAAAUACUAGCACCUGAUCCUGAGGAAAAGCUGUAUAGAGAUGUUCCCUUGGAGUUCCACAUUCUGUUGUUAAGGCACUCUGUUCUGUGAUGUGUGUGCAAAACAAACCACCCUAGCCCCUCACUCUCAUUCUCUUCUCCGAGGACCCAUUCACACAUUAGGGAAGCCAGUUCACUCUACACUUCACUUAACAAUCAUAUGGUAAGACAUUUAUGCAAAGUAGCUUGCCAUGUGGUUGGGCAACAUUUUACACUGGUAUAGACAUCCACGUGGAGCAGUCUUCAGGCAAUAACAUGGAAACUAUGGUCUAACAAACAUCAGUUGCUUUGUCCUUGUAAUUCUACAUUACAGCCAGCAGAUGACUCCCUUUGUAAAUACUGCACAAAAAAUACUUUACUGAAAGCAAAGCCUUCAUUCCAGCCAGAUUUGGAACUGGGUUUGUUUUGCUUCAGUCAGCGGCUGCUAGUGUUAAACUGCAAGUGGUACUGGGCUGUGGGUACAUUGGAGUAGACCUCUUUCUCCAUAUACUGUAAACUGUAAAACAAAGAACAGAAGUGUGUUCAGUGGAAAUGUUUGUCACUUCAUUAGUGCCAAGGAAGAGUCAGCCUUGGCGUCUGUUUUCAGUAGCAGGACGUAACCUAGGAAGAAAAGAUGAAAAUGCCUCUGAAUAUGUGCCUAAUGCAUCUCCCUCACCUCUGGAUCACAACAAAGAGCAGUAAGGAUUAGGGGGAAGAAAGGCAUUGAGUGCAGGUGGUGGUGCUUCUAGACAAAGCUCAGCCUGUCCUUCAGGGUACCUGCAAUUCUCUACCUGAGGAGGCUGCCUCAUUUCCACCUUCCGGGGGCAGGGAGGAAUCUUUCAUCCUUGGCCUACUCACUUGGACUUCUGUGCAUCCGCCAGAUCCUGGUUGUAGGCAUCCAGGCUCUUCCUCAGCUGCUGGCGGAAAUUCUGCUCCUGCUGCUCCAUCUCCAUGGCGGCACGGCCAGCCAACUCCCGCUGCCGGUCCCAUUCAGCCUCCCUCUGCUGCUCUUCUUCCCGCAGCCUCUAAUAGAGUGGGAGAGUAUAGGCUCAGGCAUAAUGCGGCUGAUAGAAGUGAAAACUAUUUCACCCCUGGGUAAAAUCUCUACUCUUGCUACAAACUCACAAGCCACUGUUCUCUCAACCGUUACCUAACCCCCUCAAAUGUUAAUAUGGAGUUGGUACUGUCCUCCCUUACAGGGCUGUUGUAAGGUGUUCUUGAGUUAAGCAAUGUAAAAGCUGAACUGUGAUUUAUAUUUUGUAUUUUGAACUGUGAUUUAUAUUUUAUAUAUAUAUUGAGAGGGAAACAGAACCUUUGUAACAUUCCAGCUGCCUACAUCUGUCACUUCCUACUGGCAUAGGAAAGUACCAUUAGAAGCUCAGAAGGAGGGAAAGAUAAGACUCUGAUCUUUCAUCUGGGAAAGAAACACCAUCCAAAAUUUUGUAAAACCCCCCCCCCAAGCAUAACAGAGGAAUUCAACAUAGCACCAAGUGGGGUGGGUGUGCACAGAACAAGGUCUGCUUGCGCAACAGGACUUCCCAUCUCCUUCCCCUGUGUGCCCCCUAAACCUACUUUGGGGGUUCCUCCAACUCUGCAAAGCAGAUUUAGGGGGUGAUGGGGUCCCACCGCGUGUGCGGCCCUCAUUCCAUGCAUGCAAUAACUUAGUUGAAUCCCACAAUAAGGAAAAUGCUCUUAAAAUGCAUAGACAAGGGCUGUGCUUAGGCCAAUGUACCUGCUGCUCUCUUCUCUCCUACAUAAUGGACCAUUCUUGAGCUUACAAGGGAAAGCAUUCCAUGUUACUUAGCUCCACUGUGCUCUGGACAGGUAAUGGAUUGCCACCUAGUUUACACACACCUUGCAUAUUAUGCAAAGAGUGACUAGUGGGGUGCCACAGGGUUCUGUCUUGGGCCCGGUCUUAUUCAACAUCUUUAUCAAUGACUUGGAUGAUGGACUCAAGGGCAUCCUGAUCAAAUUUGCAGAUGACACCAAACUGGGAGGGGUGGCUAACACCCCAGAGGACAGGAUCACACUUCAAAACGACCUUGACAGAUUAGAGAACUGGGCCAAAACAAACAAGAUGAAUUUUAACAGGGAGAAAUGUAAAGUAUUGCACUUGGGCAAAAAAAAUGAGAGGCACAAAUACAAGAUGGGUGACACCUGGCUUGAGAGCAGUACAUGUGAAAAGGAUCUAGGAGUCUUGGUUGACCACAAACUUGACAUGAGCCAACAGUGUGAUGCGGCAGCUAAAAAGCCAAUGCAAUUCUGGGCUGCAUCAAUAGGAGUAUAGCAUCUAGAUCAAGGGAAGUAAUAGUGCCACUGUAUUCUGCUCUGGUCAGACCUCACCUGGAGUACUGUGUCCAGUUCUGGGCACCACAGUUCAAGAAGGACACUGACAAACUGGAACGUGUCCAGAGGAGGGCAACCAAAAUGGUCAAAGGCCUAGAAACGAUGCCUUAUGAGGAACGGCUAAAGGAGCUGGGCAUGUUUAGCCUGGAGAAGAGGAGGUUAAGGGGUGAUAUGAUAGCCAUGUUCAAAUAUAUCAAAGGAUGUCACAUAGAGGAGGGAGAAAGGUUGUUUUCUGCUGCUCCAGAGAAGCGGACACGGAGCAAUGGAUCCAAACUACAAGAAAGAAGAUUCCACCUAAACAUUAGGAAGAACUUCCUGACAGUAAGAGCUGUUCGACAGUGGAAUUUGCUGCCAAGGAGUGUGGUGCAGUCUCCUUCUUUGGAGGUCUUUAAGCAGAGGCUUGACAACCAUAUGUCAGGAGUGCUCUGAUGGUGUUUCCUGCUUGGCAGGGGGUUGGACUCGAUGGCCCUUGUGGUCUCUUCCAACUCUAUGAUUCUAUGAUUCUAUGAUACUCAUCUGUAUUGCCCAUGUCAGCACAUUCCCACCAUUUUCUGGACACCCUCUUAGUUGAAUUAGUUACGAAGGAACUUGUGUAACUCACAAGCUUUCUUGCUGCAGCAUCAGCUAUGCCGCCACUUGCCUGCUUCUCCUUACACUGCUCCUCCUGUGCUUUCCGCACAGCCUCCACUUCUGCAGAGGUCAUCCCCUUCCAGCGGUCCGUGAUCACAUGGUGUGGGCCCACAAGGCUUUUGGCGAUGUCAGGGUUUUCUGUCAGGAGGUCACCUGUCAGGUGGUUGUAGAUUUCUGCAUAGUUAUUGUCCUGCUCACGCUGCUGGGCCAGACGCUGCUGCUCAGCAACCUCUGCAGCCUGGUUUGGGAAAGGAGUAGAUGGGAUGCUGUUGCAUCUAAAGCCUUGUGCUCAUGUCUUUCUAGCCCAGCCUUUCCCAACUUGGUACUCUCCACAUGUGUGCACUACAACUUCCACUAGCCCUGGUCAGCAUGCCCAGUGAUCAGGGAUGAUGGAAGUUGGGAGUCCAAAACAUCUGGAGGUUGAAGAAUGAUGCAGAUGAAUAGCUAAUUAAUAUAGGAAGGUGGUACCUGGGCUCGAUUAAAGUCAGCUAUUGCCAUGGCUUUGGCCUUGCGACACUCUUCCUCCAAACGUGCCAGUUCCAGGGCUCGUAGGUCCAGCUCUAUCCUCUUUUUGUCCUCCAGGCUGUCUACAAGGAAAGCAGGUGUUCUGGCAUGCAGUCAAGCUAUGUACACACACACACACACACCUGAUCCUCCCAUAAGGCAAAGUGAGGCAGUAGAUUUGGAAUGGCAUAAGAGUAGCAGAAUGGGAGACAGACACUAACUGUUUCAGUAGGGCUUGUGAUGCUGGUAGUAAGUUAAGUGAUGACUUCCUUCUCCAGUUCCAACAGUGGAAGACUGGUCAAGGAGAAACAUGGUCACUGCUUGCAUUAGCACCUGUUGUUGACUAGACAAGCCAGUGCUCUAACUUAACAGCAUACCACUGAGCUAACAGCAGAACAUGAGAAGGCCAUGUCAAAGCAGGUGAUCAGCCCUAGAGUAGGACAGGCAAUUCCCAAUCAUUCCAAGAUACUGCAUGCACCAGCCUGCCCUGCCUCCUUGUGGUGCCAAAAAUAGCACGGGGAUCCGUGGUCGUGUAUGUGCCGAUUGUGCUGGUCUGUGCUCACUUUUGAACAGUACUAGCACACACCUGGCCAAGAAACAUACACCAGAGAGUUAGUUGGCUACUAUGCCUCUAUCUAGAGCAGGGGUUCUUAACAUGGGAUCCAUGGAUUGGCAUCGGGGGGGGGGGGUCUGUGUCAGGCACAAUAAAGAUAAGAAAGAAAAUGUUUCCAGUGCAAUGAAAUAAAUUGUUCGC